GAUAGGAAAUGAAUCAUGCGCUGGAUUUUGAACAGGUUGAGAAGAUCAUGCACCAAAAUACACCUUUCUGACUUAUUUUUUUUUCCCGAUGGGUAUUUACAAAUAGCGAAAUAUUAUAGGAGUUCAAAAGCAUCAUGCAAUAUUUUUUUACAUCUAUGAACACUAUUGAUUAGCUGAUACUCUCUUGAUUAGUUUUUGUGAGGGAUCAUCACCGUAUCCCUCAAAUUCCCGUUUUUUCAUUUUUAAAGAAUAGGAUUAGGGUUAAUUUUUUUCGGAGAACAUUUGUGAACUUCGACUAGAUCCGGGAAGUAUGCUUUCUAGAUGGAGAAAGGCAGCUUCUAUGGUCCGGCAUUUUGGAGUGCGCCAGAGAGUUUCGAGUUUAGAGGAAAUUUACCCCUUCGGUCGAAGCUACUCCGGAGUUCAUGCGGCAGCAGCUGCGACGCCAACAAGCUCUCCCGAUUCGGACCUGAAGCAGCCUUCUAGCAAACCAGAGGUUAAAUUAAAUGCCAUGUUCUGGUCUAAACCCGGCUCUUUGGCUCUUCCUCGUGGUUCUCCUUUAAGAAUAGAAGAACCCCAGUAUGAGGGCCUUAAGCAUAUAAUGCUCAAGCUAUUACUGUUUUAUAGUAAACAGAGCAGAUCAAUCAGAGGUGCAAAUGUUGUCUAUAGGAGGAUCAUUUCUCAGGUUGAUAAGCCUGCUAUCUAUGAUGUUUUUAACCUGGAGAGCACGUUCAAAACUACUUUUUCUCUGCUGGUGCUGCAUAUGUGGCUAUUUCUACGUCGUUUGAAGGAAGAGGGCAAGGAAGGUACUGACUUUGGUCAAUACUUAUAUGAGAUCUACAAUCAUGAUUUAGAAAUGAGAGUUUCUAAGGCAGGGGUUAACCUACUAUUAAUAAAAUGGAUGAAAGAACUGGAGAAGAUUUUCUAUGGGAAUAUCGUUGCUUAUGAUGAUGCCAUGAAACCUGAUGCUAAGCACGAUGAGCUCGCAAAUGCUUUAUGGAGGAAUAUAUUCUCAGAAGAUGGUACAGGCCCACCAAAUGACGCAGCUACAACUGCUGUCCAGGCAAUGUCAAGAUACACACGCAGGGAGGCUACCUGCCUAUCAUUGACAGACAAGGAGGCUAUAUUCUCUGGCAACUUCUUGUUUACAUCCUUGGAAUUGCAACGCAAGCAACAUAAUUGAGGUCUAUAAAACAAUGUAAAUAACAUUUUCUUUAAUAAAAGAAAACCUUGCCUGCAAGCUAGUGAUGUUGAUUAUUUCUGAUAUUUUAUAUUUGAUUCCUUUUAAAAUAGGGGCACAUGACUGAAAUGUUAUUAUUAUAAUUG